AUGAGUUCAAGUGAGCCACAUAAGCUCGAUGUGGAUAGUUUCCAACGCAAACAGAGUGGUGAAGAUGGUGAAGCUUAUAUGGAUGAAAUUUCACUGUCUUCAAUGAGACCGAUACUUUCUGGAGAUGAAGGUGAAGCCACCGAUGAUGAAAUGGUUCACAGAGCUACAUCGACUAUGGAAGAACCUGAAGAACCAUUAGAUCAGUUUAUGAGUGCUUGUCAAAGAGGUGAUUUAGCAGCUGUAAAAGAAAUAGUGAAUUCCGGUCAAGUGGAUAUUAAUAAUGAUUACGAUAAAACUGAACAGGUUACUGGAUUGCAUUGGGCAAGUAUCAACAACCGAUUGGGUGUUGUGGACUUUUUGGUCUCUCGCGGUGCUGAUGUUAAUAUAAAGGCAGGUAGUCUACAUGCACCACCCUUGCAUUGGGCUGCUCGUUAUGGGUAUGUGUACAUUGUACAUUACUUGUUAGAACAUGGGGCUGAUCCACGAGUGACCGAUGACCAAGGAUUCAACCUUUUGCAUCUGUCUGUGAAUAGUUCUAACAUCAUGUUAGUACUUUAUGUGCUAUUCUUUGUAGUUGACAGAGGUAUUCUCGAAGUUGAUGGUCAAGAUCCUCAUGGUAGGACUCCUUUACUUUGGGCAGCUUAUCAAGGUGAUUCAUUGACCGUGGAUUCUCUACUGAAGUUUGGAUCAUACGCCAAAGUGACGGAUCGUGGUGGGUUUGCACCGCUACAUUGGGGUACUUUGAAAGGACAACCACACGUUCUCAUCUAUUUAAUACAAAAUGGUGGUGAUGUUUUUCAAAAGACGGAUGAUGGUAAGGACUGUUUUACUAUCGCUCAAGAGAUGAAUACAAUGUACUCUUUGGUUGAUGCCUUGCGACAUUGUGGAUUCGACGCAACUGGUAAUCCAAUUAAGAAACUGCUCCGGGAAUCCCUUCAUGCUAAGAUUAUAACAUUUUUCGUACCAUGGGUAUUUUUAGGUGUGGUAUUCGCCCUUUUCUCCCAUUUACACCUUCUAUUUUCACUACCAAUUGUGAUAUUAUUCGGUUUGGCAAAUGGUAAACUAUUAAACAAAUAUAUUCUUCCCUGUUAUCCUGUUGUUGGGGUCACAUCAGCAUCGUUAUUGAGAUCACCACUGUAUUUAGGACUUUUCACCGCCAGUAUCAUUUGGCCAAUGUUGAUUUGGAUUUCCAGGGUAAUCCCCGUGACGAUACAAGACCAAUAUACCGCCAAUUUCCUGCUUAUGAUAAUAAUUUUAGCCGUAUCAUAUUUGCUGGUAGUACUUGUGAAAUCCGAUCCUGGUCGUAUCCCCACGGAGAAGAAUACGCAAGUAAUAAGAGAAACUAUAAAAGAUUUGCUAGCCACUGGUAAAUUUGAUAGUAAAAAUUUCUGCAUUGAGACCUGGGUUAAAAAACCGUUAAGGAGUCGGUUCUCUAGCCUCAGUAAUUCAUUAGUGGCUAGAUUUGAUCACUAUUGCCCUUGGGUUUAUAAUGACAUCGGGUUGAGAAAUCACAAGGCAUUUCUGAUGUGCAUUUUACUGGUGGAAAUUUUGAUGUUAUUAUUCAAUUACCUUUGUAUGGAAUAUUUUGACGAAUUGGAAGACGUUCACAAACAUGCUGACAAUGGUGGUGAACCUAAAUGUACCAUUUUGAGGAAUGAGAAUUUAUGCUUGGGUUUCACUUAUGACCGUUUUGCAUUUUUAACGUUUGUCUGGGUCGUUUUCCAUUCCGUUUGGGUUGGUUUACUGGUAAUAGUUCAACUUUUCCAAGUGUUCCAGGGUGUCACUAACUAUGAAUUUAGCAAGUUAAUGAAAGAGAGUAGGAUAAAUAGAACAGAUCCUGUUCUUUUCAAUGAAUUUUUUGGUACUGCCCCAGAAGAGCUGCUCACCGUCAAUGGUGAAAUAGACAAUACAAAUUUAGAAAGAUCUAACGAAGCUUCUUUGAAUCAAACUAUCACUUCUACCGGCUCUGGUCUGAAAAGAUCAAAGAAUUGUUUCGGCAUAUGCUGCGCUCUUACAGGUGUGGAUCAAUGGCUCAUGGUUAUCAAGGAAACCUUUGGCAUGUCACAUUCUGCUUCUGGAGCUAAAAGAUCUCUUACAGUGUCUUCUCCAACUAACUAUGGCUGGAAGACCAAUUGGAAAGAUUUUUGGCUCACGAGUGAUGUGACAGCUCCUCUAUGGCGUAGAAUCUUGCUCUCACCGGCCACUUCAAGGGCUUUACUCGGAGGUCAAGAAGUCGAUUACUACAAACUUUUCUCACUACCGCCAAAGCACAGCAAUUAA